CCUUUUCUCCUCCUCCUGGGCUGGGCGCUGGGGCCCGGCGAGCCGUCGCACGGAGCAGGGCGAGAGCAGUCGCAGCCAUGGCCCAGCCGGGGAGACCCGCCGCCGCCUUCGCCAGCAGCAGCCACAACGGGGCCGGCAGGAAGGAGCAGCAGCCGCCGCCGCCCUACAGCAACGGUCCUAUACAAAGCCCAUUGAUGAAUUCAUCACACUUAGCAGAUGGACAGGGAUAUAAUUCUGCAGUCCCAAGCAUAUAUACACAGCAAAUGGCAACAAAGAAUCCCCUGCAGACAUCCCCUGGACUGUAUAACUAUGGAGCAUCUCAGAAUAUCCCACCUUUUAGUAAUUAUCAGGGACCUGGCCAGACUCUUAUUAGAACACCUAUUGGACCUUCUUCUAUGGCAGCAGCACAACCAGGACCUGUAGCCCAGAUUCCUCCUGUUCUGCAGAACUCAGCUGCUGCGUCAACCUCUGCUGGUAGUUUUCAUUCUGGAGUGAAUCUCCCAGCACAUUCACACUGGCAAUAUGGGCAAACUCCUUUAAACCAACCAACUGUGGUCUCUCAAGCAAACCAUUUUGCUCACACAGCAGCAACCCAGUCAUUGUUAUCAUCACCAGGAAAUACAAAUAUACCAACAAGUUAUGUUUCUUCAUCUGGAGGCCCUCCAAUUCAAAACAGCUAUACGAAGCCAGCUCCUGUUCCUCUGCCUGUCAAUCAGCUAACAUACUCGCCAGUUAGACCUCCUUUAGGGCCCUCUCCAGUUGGAAGUACAUCUUUUGCACAGCCUUCAGCUUCCCCAGCAGCUCCACCAGCAAGUGUUCCAUCCCCAAACUCAGCAAAUCUCCAAGAAGCAGGUGAUGCUGUGUGCACUGCCAGUGAUGGAUCGUUAGUCCAGAACAAUUAUGAUACAAUAGAGGGUGGUGGUUUCCUGGCAACUGCACAUAGCCCUUCAGCUCCUCAGAAUCUUAAAAUGAAUAGACAUGUUGGAAGUGCUUAUCCCAGCUUACCACCAGGCUACCAAACUACAUCAUCCCCUGGAGGACCAAGAAUGCCUUAUGCAGGUGGACCACAACAGUUCCCUCAGCCUGGCUUGGGAACAAACACUUUGACUACAUCAAUGGGUGGACUAAGUCUUCAACAAGAAGGAUUACGACCUAUCAACCUCCUUCAAGAGAGAAAUAUUCUUCCAUCAACCCCCUUGCAGGCACCUGUUCCGAAUUUACAUGAAGAUAUCCAGAAGCUGAACUGUAAUCCAGAGUUGUUCCGAUGUACGUUGACUAACAUUCCUCAAACUCAGGCCUUACUGAACAAAGCCAAACUUCCUUUGGGGCUCCUGCUUCAUCCUUUCAAAGACUUAUCGCAAUUGCCUGUGGUAACUUCCAGUACAAUUGUGAGAUGUCGUAGCUGUAGAACAUAUAUCAAUCCUUUUGUCAGCUUUCUUGACCAAAGGAGAUGGAAAUGCAACUUAUGUUACAGAGUAAAUGAUGUUCCAGAAGAAUUUAUGUAUAAUCCUGUGACAAGAGUUUAUGGAGAACCUCAUAAAAGACCUGAAGUUCAAAAUGCAACAAUUGAGUUUAUGGCUCCUUCUGAAUACAUGCUACGUCCACCUCAGCCUCCUGUGUACCUUUUUGUAUUUGAUGUGUCUCAUAAUGCAAUAGAAACAGGAUACUUGAACACUGUAUGCAAGACCUUGUUGGACAAUCUAGAUUUACUCCCUGGAAACACUAGAACAAAAAUUGGCUUCAUAACAUUUGACAGCACAAUCCAUUUCUAUAGCCUUCAGGAAGGUCUCUCUCAGCCUCAGAUGUUAAUAGUUUCAGAUAUUGAUGAUGUCUUUAUACCAAUGCCAGAGAAUCUAUUAGUAAACUUAAAUGAAAGCAAAGAGCUAAUUCAAGAUUUAUUGAGAACUUUGCCUCAGAUGUUUACUCACUCUUUGGAAACUCAUAGUGCUCUAGGACCUGCUCUGCAGGCUGCCUUUAAACUGAUGUCUCCUACUGGUGGUCGGAUUUCUGUAUUCCAGACACAGCUUCCAUCUAUAGGAAUGGGUGCACUCAAACCUCGUGAAGAGCCUAACCAAAAAGCAUCUGCAAAGGAUAUACAUCUUACACCAUCUACCGACUUCUAUAAAAAGUUGGCCUUGGAUUGCUCAGGACAACAAGUUGCAGUUGACUUGUUUCUUCUUAGUGGGCAGUACUCUGACUUGGCAUCAUUAGGAUGUAUAUCUAGAUAUUCUGCUGGUAGUGUCUAUUACUACCAGUCUUAUCAUCAUCAGCACAAUCCUCUUUUGGUGGAGAAACUAGAGAAAGAAUUUAAACGAUACUUGACUAGAAAGAUUGGUUUUGAGGCUGUCAUGCGGAUCAGGUGUACCAAAGGCCUUUCUAUUCACACUUUCCAUGGCAACUUCUUCGUACGGUCAACAGAUCUGUUGUCUUUACCUAAUGUGAACCCUGAUGCAGGAUAUGCUGUACAAAUGUCAGUGGAAGAGAGUUUGACAGACAUGCAGGUGGUUUGCUUUCAGUCAGCUCUCCUAUAUACGUCUAGUAAAGGUGAACGGAGGAUUCGUGUCCAUACGAUGUGUUUACCAGUUGUCAGUCAGCUGAGUGAUGUUUAUCUAGGAGCUGAUGUGCAAGCUAUUACUGGGCUUUUAGCCAAUAUGGCUGUUGACCGAUCAGUUUCUGCUAGUUUGAGUGAUGCUCGAGAUGCAUUGGUGAAUGCUGUAAUAGAUUCCCUCUCUGCAUACCGAUCCUCUGUCCUUACCAUUCAGCAGCCUGGUCUCAUGGCUCCUGUCUCAUUAUGUCUCUUUCCACUGUAUGUAUUGGCCCUCUUAAAACAGAAAGCAUUCCAAACUGGGACAAACACACGUCUAGAUGAUCGCAUCUUUACUAUGUGUCAAGUGAAAAACCAACCUUUAGUGUACCUCAUGCUUAUGAUGCAUCCUAACUUGUACAGAAUUGACAAUCUCACAGAUGAGGGGGCCCUCAACAUCAGUGACAGAACAAUACCUCAGCCACCCAUUCUUCAGCUCUCUGUGGAGAAGAUGAAUAGGGAUGGUGCUUACCUUAUGGAUGCUGGCUCUGUCAUGUAUUUAUGGGUUGGAAAGAAUUGUGGACAGAACUUCAUCAGCCAUGUCCUUGGAGUUCCUAACUAUGCAUCAAUACCACACAAUAUGACACAUCUUCCAGAACUUGACACAGCUGAAUCUUCUAGAGUGUUUGCUUUUAUCACAUGGUUGAGGGAGCAAAGACCAUUCUUUCCUAUAUUGUAUAUACUAAGGGAUGAAAGUCCAUGGAAACCGAGUUUCUUACAAAACAUGAUUGAAGAUAGAACCGAAUCUGCUUUAUCAUACUAUGAGUUUCUUUUGCAUAUUCAGCAACAAGUGAAUAAAUGAGCCACUAUGUUACAUGGUUCAUCCACAUAAAGGAUCAUAACUGUGUACAGAACACUGGCAUUUGUAAUGCUCCUAUACAGAUUUUGGUCUGAUGCAGUUGAUAAGAUUCUCACUGUGAUUUUCCCCAAAAUAAAAAAGGCAAAGCAAAUAAAGGACCACAGAAUCAUAAGUAUACUAUUGUGUAGUUGUACAUUAAACAAUUAAAAUCAUUUUGAACAUGUUGGAUGCCUUUAAUUUGCUACACAAUGUUUCAUUGUGUGUUGCAGCAUGAGUUAUAAAGGUAAUAUUGAAAAGAUGAACCUUUAUAAAUGUUUUUUAUUCAAAAUAUGUUUUAACUUCAUUUUUCUGCUUUAUCUUUUGCUGCUAGAAUUACAACCUCCCAGGACUGAAUUGCAGGGAAAUGAUAUUGUCUUGAAUAUAUGUCAGUAAUUGAAAAUUGCCUUUUAAAGGGAGCAAUGAAAGAAUUCAUUGCGGAGCAAAGAAGAUAUUCAGAAUUUUUAACAAAUGUAGUUUCCAGUGCUUUUUAACAUGGAUUAUGAUGAUCAAGGGGGAAAUGAACUUGCAGUGGUCCAGCAGGAUUAAAAUGAAUAUUAAAUAAUUCAUUUUAAAAUCUAUAGGAUGCAUCAGUAUUCUAAUAUCUAAAAAAAAAAUAAACGUUCAUUAUGUCCAAUGAGAAUUAUAAUCAAGUGGCCUGAUUCAGCUUCAGAAAUGUUAAACAUGGAUAUUAACAUGGUGUGUUUAGUCUUAAUUUAUUGAAAGUAAAUAGGGGAAUACAACCAAAAGUCAUGGUAUUUUUUAUAGAUUGGGUUUGAUUAAAUUUAAAGUCUCAUUUUUAUAAUGUAUUAAGAUUUUUUUAAGUAAAAAUGUGUAGUGAUGACAUUAAACCAGAACUCACAUUAUAUUAGAAACACUGUUAAAUAACUUGCUGGAAAUCCAGAGCAGAUCUAAUUAAGUAAUAGCAAUGUUGACAUUUAAAGCAGGGGAGGGAACUAUUUUGUAGCUUUAAUGGGGAAAGUUUUUGAAAAAUCCUACUUGAUGGGCAAAAAGUAUAUAUCUUGCAUAGAUACAUAGGCAAAAUAUUAGUUUUGCUCAUACCCUGAAAGCUACUGUGAUUUAAAUCAUGACAAAUAAUAAUAGUGCAUUUUAUAGAUCGGGUUUUUUAAAUCUCUUUGAAUACGCAACUUGCAUUAGUAACAUCUUUCUUCAGUAGUAUAACGUGUAGCUGCCAUGGAUAUCUUUUUUCAUCUUUAUUGCUCAAAAACAGUGUUUUGGAAAGAUUAUUUCAUUCGCAUCUUUUUGGGGCAUUCCUUCAAUGGUAUAAUCCUCUGCAGUCAUUUUCAGGCCAUUCCUUUUCUUCCUCUAUGAAUGAUUAAUUAAAGUUUCCCCACUUCCAGAAAUGAGUGCAUGUACAAAAAGCCACUGAAGUUCUUAGAACAAACCAUGGUAUUGAUAAACUAACUUUUUGAAUCAGAAUAUCAAUGCCUUGAUGAUACAUUGCCUGCUAAUUUGUUCAGUCUGUCAGUGUGAUCUAUGCAAAGCUGCUCAUAGAGUUGUAACUUUCAUGUUACAGAGAGGAAGAGGAUCUCUCUUGAAAAACGAUUAAAGUAUCUGUUGACCUCUGCUAAACUGAAGUAUCUUCUUGCUGCUGUCAUGCUUUUUAAAGCUCUUGGUAAAUUAAUAAGACAUAUUGGCAAAAUGCUUUGGAAGCGUAUGAUCAUAAUGAAAUGUGCACUUGUAUAAUGGGAAUCAUCCACUGGGUGCCUCAUAGUACAUCCUAAGCCUAAAUAUUAUUGUCUAAACACAGUCCCAAAUGUGUACAGUCCCACCAAUCUGGCAAGGGUGGUCUACUCAAAGAAACAGGCUUCUGUGCCUACUUUUCUGGUUCAGGUAUAUACGAAAAAACAUAUGCUGUGCAUGCAACACCUCUCAUUGGAUGUGCACUUUUUCUGUGCACACACAAAGCCGAUGACAUAGCACUGUCAGGCUUGAUAAGGGUUUAUUCUGUCGGGUAGGGCGGGGAUUUCUAAUGUGAAGCACCAUGCCCAGUUUUCUCCUGUCUGCAGAGAUCUUUCGUUUGGAGUGGGGUGGACAUGGUUUAACUUCUUGAAAGCUAGCGGAAUGGGCUUUGAAGAAGCAAAUCUAGUGAACAGGGAACAAAGAAACCUGUUUCAGUAAUACAUCCCUGACCACAGUCUCUUAGAGGGAUUAUUUUAUUUAACAGUCAGCCCAUUACCUUGUCUGAGUAGAGUGCUUUUUGGAAUAUUCAUACUCAUUUUUGCAAUACCAAAUUUUCUAAUUUUAUUCCUUUAUGGUGGGAAAAAUCAUUCGCUUCAACUUGUAUUACAUUGUAAUAGUAUGAAUUGCAAGGCAGACCCAUGUGUCAAACUGCCUAUACUAUACUUUAAAAAAAACAACUGUUGAUUUUAACAUCUGUAACAACCUACCUAGGCAAGAGUUGCCGUAAUACUUCCAUGCUAGCAUGGCACUCCACAGCAAAUGUUCUCUAUUUUUCUAGUUCAAUAUUUUUUAAGAAUAAUUCAGUAUGAUUGAUCAAGAUGUUAAACUCAGUCAUGCAUCAGCAUUUUAAUUAGUAUUUACUUUUCUGUAGUUUAAUUAUUUGCAUCUGACUCAAGUUGGACUGUUUUGCAAUAAUGAGGAUGCAAUUUUCUUUUAUUCAGAAUUAACUUAACAGAAUAUAUAAUCAGAUACAGAAUGUUAAGGGACCAUCAAAUGUGACAAUACUUCUGUUUGUUAAUUGUCAAAUUAAAUCCUUACAGUAAAUUUCAUUUUGUAAAGUAGUGUAAUAUACUGUAAUAUUAAUCCUUGUUUUCUGAACUCAGACAUUGAUCUUCAGUGUGAAAAUGUAAACCAUGCUCUUCUGAACUGGAGGCAAGGUUUUACUUGUUCCCCUUUUUACAGUUUGUAAUUUUCACUGUUUUAUUCCUGUAAAAAGUCAUUUGUAACACAUGCAAAUGCUUAUUUUAGCUGUGCUAAUUUAUCAAAUUUGGCUACUCAAUAAAAUUAAUUGAAAGAGCUUG